GGCCCCCGCCCCGCCCCCGCCCCCGCCCCGCGUGACCGCGCCGGUCCCGCCGCUGCCGCCGCCGCGCCGCCAUGCCGCUCCUCAGCGUGUCCAAGGACGUGGCCGUGGGGACGGCGAUGCUGGGGGUCGCCUUCGCCACGGGGCUGCUGGCAGGUAAAAGAUACCCUUCUUUAGGUUUUGGGACACCCAGAUCAACCAAGGCUGCUUUUGGAAAAAGCAGCCCUCUCUGGCAGUACAUAGUGGAUCACUCUUUGCGGGAGCACCCAAUUCUAAAGAAGCUGCGGCUGCUCACCGCAGAUCAUCCCUGGGGUCAAAUGAUGGUGUCCUGUGACCAGGCUCAGCUUAUGGCAAAUUUAGUCAAACUUAUCAAAGCCAAGAAAGUUAUUGAAAUAGGUGUUUUCACAGGAUAUAAUACCUUGAAUAUGGCACUUGUCUUGCCGGAUAAUGGCAGAGUUAUUGCCUGCGAUAUAAAUGAGGAGUAUGCCAAAAUUGGAAAGCCACUGUGGAAGGAGGCAGGCGUAGAGCAUAAAAUUGACCUACGAAUUAAGCCAGCAAUUCAAACACUUGAUGAACUACUGGCUGGUGGAGAAGCAGAGACCUUUGACUUUGCUUUCAUCGAUGCUGAUAAGGAGAGCUACAACGAGUACUAUGAAAAAUGUUUGCGCCUCAUAAAGAAAGGGGGAAUAAUAGCUAUUGAUAAUGUUCUUUGGGGUGGAAGGGUGCUAAAACCAAGAAAGGAUGACUUGGCAGCCCAGAACAUUCACCACCUCAAUGAGAAGCUUCUCAGAGAUGCACGAGUCAGUAUCAGCAUGAUCCCAAUGGGGGAUGGAGUGACAUUAGCAUUCAAGUUGUAACUGCAGAAAGCCCAGCAGAUGGGAAGCAGCAAGCAGCAUCUAAUCAUCAGGAAAAAUAAAGGCAGAACACUGUUAAAAAUGAUCAUUUAACCUAUGUCUCCACAGAGUAACAUAGCCUGGGAAAGCAGACUUUAGAAUCAGCAGGAUCCCUAAGGGCAGCUAAGUUGAGAAGAGAAACUUAUUUUGAGUUUAGUAUGGCUUCUUAUUUUAAUUACAAUAAAGGAAGAAAACUUGCACAAAGUUGUCCUUGUAAGACAGUGGUCGAAGAAACUCUCCCUGUGUAGAAUGACCGAGUGGAGUUCCAAGUGUGUCAAUAUAACAAGAGACAUUUCCUGUCCUAAAAGAUGCUCUUAAGUCACAGAAGAGGGGAAGGGGAGAUGGGAGUAGAAAUAUGGACAUAUUAAGUGAUCUGCACAGGAUCCUGGAGAGAAUCAUUAUCGGUGCUAGAAACAAUCUUCACUAAUCCCCAAUCCAACACCUUAACCAUCAGGGCAUUCUCCCUCUAGGUUUUCACUGCCUUGAAGGAAAGUUAACUGCAUCUUCUACUACUGAGGAGGAAGUUUUGAAAGGGAAGAAAAAAACAUCUGCAUAGCAGCCAGAUGAAGCACCAAUUAAGCUGGGAGGAAAAUAUGAAGGUGGGGGGGGAGCAGAUGUAACUCAAUGCAGUGACACCUUUGCGUCAGUGAAAGGAGAGUGUUCACACUUUUCACAAAGCUAAGAAUGAAAAGUAAGAGAGCUUUUAUGCUACCAGGAGUUGAGGCUUGAGCUUGUUAUAUAUAUAUAAAAAAAACAAAAAAACCCCAGUGUAGUUUGGUUGGGUCCUUGCUACUGCUGUUUUUUUUUUUUUGGGGGGGGGGGUAUUCUGCAAAAGAGAUAGCAAGAUGAUAGAAAGUGGAGUGUGGGAAAUGUGUUGGUGAUAAUAUUUUGAAGACUAGAAAGUUGGACAAACACUCUCCAAAUUAGACUGAGCAACUGUGAUGCGACUCAAUGUGAUGAGUCUCCAAAAAGCACAAAACUUGUAGUGCAGGCCCAGCACAUAAUCAUAUGCAGCACAUAAUCAUAUGACUUUUUGGGCUGUUAGUACUUCCUUACAUGCUAAGAAUCCUUGCAGGUAAUGUUUACCAAAUUGUUUCUGUGUGUUCCCAUCUGUUGAGAACAUCUGUCUCAAUGUGACUGAAAGA